AAAUUAAAUAAAAUAAAUUAAAAUAAAUUGAAUCAAUGAUAAUAAAACAUUAAAAAUAAAUUAAAUACAAUGAAGUUAAAAAGUGCAAUAUUACCUAUAAUCUUACAAAUUGUUUUAAUAAUUGCCACAAAAGCCAAGGAAACUGAGGAGAGCCCACUAUGGAUUUGUACCUCAUCGGAUCUUUGUCUACUGGACACAGCACCAAAUAUUGGAGAUGAAAAACGUUUUGAAAGUCAACAUGAUUGUCGGUUGUCAUGUGGUAAAUAUGGCGCCAUCUGGCCAAUGCCCACCGGCGAUUGUAGCCUGUCUAAGGAACGUGUGCACUUCGAUCCAUGGAAGGUGCGUUUUAAUGUGGUGGCUCCGACAUCGGCUACCACACAGUUUAUACGUGAAACAAAUCGUAUAUUCUUGAGUAACAUCAUCAAGGAGUGUGUAAGCAAUUGUACACUGGAAAGCAGUAAAGAGAUAUUGGUGAAGGCCACUAUAAACUCAUCGAGUUUGUCGCUAGAUUGGACAACAGAUGAAUCGUAUGUGCUGUUAAUAAGAACUACAGGUACCGCCACUUUUGUUGACAUUAAGGCUCCCACUGUUUAUGGUGGCCGUCAUGCUUUUGAGACUUUGAGUAAUUUAAUAACUGGCUGUAUUACCAAUGGUUUGCUUAUGGUCGAUGCCGCACGUAUUUAUGAUCGUCCUUUAUAUCCUCAUCGUGGUGUGUUACUGGAUACUGCUCGUAAUUUCAUGCCCUUACGACAGAUACGCAAUACUUUGGAUGCCAUGGCUGCUUCGAAGUUGAAUGUAUUCCAUUGGCAUGUGGUGGAUACGCAUAGUUUUCCCUUGGAAAUUACUAGAGUACCGGAAAUGCAACGCUUUGGAGCCUAUUCCCCCACAAAUACUUACUCCCGUACCGAUACCAUAAACAUGAUUAAAUAUGCCCGCCUAAGAGGCAUACGAGUACUUAUGGAAAUAGAUGGUCCUUCGCAUGCCGGCAAUGGUUGGCAAUGGGGUCCCAUGGCUGGCAUGGGUAAUAUGGCAGUGUGUAUCAAUCAAAAACCCUGGCGAUCAUUUUGUGUGCAACCACCUUGUGGUCAACUUAAUCCCUUGAAUGAUAAUAUGUACUCGGUAAUGAAGGAAAUCUAUGAGGAUAUAGCUGAAGUGGGUGCUCCGGAAGAAACCAUACAUAUGGGAGGUGAUGAAGUGCACAUAGACUGUUGGAACAACACCGCUGAAAUAACAAAGAAAAUGCGUGAGACAGGUUUUGAUCUCUCACUACCGAGUUUCUAUAAAUUAUGGUCGGUUUUCCAUGAGAAAAACUUAGAGUCUUGGGAUGAAGUAAACCAGAGACAAUAUCCAAACAUCAAAGAACCUAAAUCGACUAUAGUUUGGUCUAGUCAUUUAACGGAUCCUGAGUAUAUAGAACACUAUUUGGCCAAAGAACGUUUCAUCAUACAAACUUGGGUGGGCUCCUCUGAUCCCUUGAACGAUCAAUUGUUAAAAAAGGGCUAUCGCAUAAUAGUUUCUACAAAGGAUGCCUGGUAUUUGGAUCAUGGUUUUUGGGGAAGAACUCAAUAUUACAAUUGGGCCAAGGUAUACAAUAAUAAAAUUGAAAGUAGUCCCAAGAUUUUAGGUGGUGAAGUUUGCAUGUGGAGUGAAUAUGUUGAUCAGAAUUCUGUGGAGGCUCGCAUUUGGCCUAGAGCUGGGGCAGCUGCUGAGCGUUUGUGGUCCAAUCCCAAGACAAGUUCUCUUUUGGCCCAAUAUCGCUUCUAUCGCUACAUACAGCGUUUGAUUGCUCGUGGUAUACGGCCUGAUGCUGUUUGCCCCAAAUGGUGCAUUUUAAAUGAGGGACAAUGUUUUUAAACUAAAUUGAAUGUAUGAAUUUAUAUGAAAUAAAAAUUAUUUAUUAGUGUA